CCGCAGUCUUCACCAACUCAAACACGCGCAGAGAUUGGACUUCACCACCUCCCUCUCUUCUCUUCUCUUUGCAGAGAGAGAGGGAUUGCGAAAAACCGUGUGACUGACUCAGUCUCGUAUCCCGCACAACUCACGUCUCUUCUCUUCCUUUAGUUGACCGCCUGCCUCUUUCUCGAGAAAAUUCUCAAUUUUCCCGCAAACUUGGACCUUUUCGUUACUGUUUUUUUUUCUCUGCCAUUAUUUUAUAUAAAUCUCUACCUACCUAAGCGUAAGCAACAAUUCCUUCACCAACUCUCUCCUUUUUCUCGUUUUUUUCUUCCUUUCUUUUUCUUACUCCAAAUCUUCAGACGCCAUCGUUAUUCUUUUUAUUUAUUUUCCAUCCAAAUUUGUUUUUCUUUUCUCCGAUCACUUGAGAAGAGAUCCGUCGUCCACUGUUCAGCCACAACGUCGUCGUUUUUUGGUUUAACGGAUAGUGAUGCCGGAGAUGGGAGCAGUAGACCAAGAAGGAAUUGCUCGGCGUUUCUGGAUCAAGUCGAAGAGCGACUGGAUUUUUGCUAUGUACAGUCCUUUCUUUCUUAGCUUGGCCUCUGGUAAUUUGGACUCUCACACUUUCCUCAAUUGUGUCUCCCAAGAUGUCCAUUUCCUCAAAGCAUUCGCUCAGGCGUACGAACUGGCAGAAGAAUGCGCAGAUGAUGAUGAAGACAAGAGCGCAAUUCGCAAGUUGAGAAAACGCGUCAAAGACAAGCUUAAAAACUACGAAACUAUUGUCCGUGAAUGGGGCUUUGAACUUCCAGCAGAGGGCAAUUCCAUUGUUGCCACUGUCAAAUAUACAGAUUUCUUGCUAGCAACAGCCUCAGGGAAAGUUGAAGGAGAAAAAGUUCCUGGUAAAAUUGCAACUCCUUUUGAGAGGAUAAAACUUGCUGCUUACACACUUGGUGCUAUGGCACCAUGCAUGAGACUUUUUGCCCAUAUAUGUAAAGAGAUACAUCAUCUUAUUGAUCCGGAUGACAGCAGUCACAUUUACAAGAAGUGGGUUGAUUAUUAUUGUUCUGAAAACUUUGAGACAUCAACUCUGCAAAUAGAAGACAUGCUGGAUAAACUAAGCAUCUCUUUGACAGGCGUAGAACUUGAGGUCCUGGAAAGGCUAUAUCUUCAAGCUGUGAAACUUAGAGUUGAUUUUUUCUCUAUUCAACCAAUUGUCCAGCAAACAAUAGUGCCUUUGUCUCGGGUGCAAAGCCCUGCCAAUUUCAACCUCACUAUAUUUUGUGAUUUUGACAUGACAUGCACUGCUGUUGAUUCCUUUGCCGUUUUAGCUGAAAUUGCAAUAAUAACAGCUCCAAAGCUGGAUCUCAGUGGAUAUGAAACCAAACUCACUAAGAUGUCAUCAGCUGAUUUGAGGAGCACAUGGGGUGUUCUUUCAGCCCAGUAUGUUGAAGAACAUGAUCAAUGCAUAGAAAGCAUCAUGUCUAGUGAAACAGUGGAAAAAUUUAAUUAUGAAGAUCUGAGUAAGGCUCUUGAACAACUUGCUGACUUUGAGAAAAGGGCGAAUUCAAGAGUGAUUCAGUCAGGAGUAUUGAAGGGUUUAAAUUUGGAGGAUAUAAAACAGGCUGGUCAACAACUUGCUUUUCAAGAUGGUUGUAGAGGUUUUUUCCAAAAGAUUGUGAGAAAUGAAAAUUCAAAAACUGAUAUUCAUAUCCUUUCAUACUGUUGGUGUGGUGAUCUCAUAAGAUCAGCAUUUUCAUCAGGAGAUCUAAAUGUUCUGCAAGUACAUUCAAAUGAGUUGGCUUAUGAAGAAACUAUUUCAACUGGUGAAAUUCUUAGGAGGGUAGAGUGUCCAAUGGAAAAGCUUCAAGCUUUCAAUGACAUAUUGAAGGACUGCAAUGCCAAUGGCCAGCAGUUGACUGUCUAUAUUGGAGGUUCAGUGGGUGACUUGCUUUGCCUACUUAAGGCUGAUAUAGGUAUUGUGAUUGGUUCAAGCCCAAGCCUAAGCAGACUGGGAGAUCACUUUGGCAUCUCUUUUGUUCCAUUAUUCUCUGGUAUGGUGAAGAAACAGAAGGAAUUUGAUGAGGGCAGCUCUCCUAAUUGGAAGGGUCUGCCAGGCAUUUUGUAUACAGUCUCUAGUUGGGCUGAGAUACAUGCAUUUAUUUUGGGAUCAUAAUUUAUAAUCUCUUUGUUGUUGUCAUGUUAGAAUAAACACCAAGGGAAAUGCGUAUACAUAGAAUAUAGACUAUAGAUGGUGGCUAAAUUUUAACCACAGGGCCACGGGCUAAGCCCUUAUUCUUUUCACCCAUAGGGACAGCCAUCCAUAUAUAUACAGGUAUAUCGUAGUUAGUUUCAUAAGAGUUAGGUUAUUACAAGAGCCACUCUCUUUUCAACGCCAUAGUUCACUUACUACAAUUUGCUUUUGAAGCUUCUAGCCAUUGAACUUCGAAAUUCGAAGUUGUUAAGUCAGGGAGAUUUCACUGGUAAAUUUUCUUGGUAGGAAAGAGAAAGAGGUUGAGUUCAGUUAUCAUAAAUAUGUUUGUAAUUGUAUAGUUUUAUUUGAUGUCAACAAAUGUUUUUAUUUAUUUGAUUUUAAUAUUUAGCAUUUCCUUGCUUAUCAAUUUUAUCUGGAGGAGCAUUUGGAAAAAUUUAUGGACCAUUGUGAAUUCCUCAAUCGAUGGGAUACGAUUUGUAAUUGUAUAUCAAUGCUUUUAUGAAGAAAUAUUACAGUGCUUGCAUCA